AUGGCGCAUUCCGGGCCCUGUGCUGUGAGUCGUGCCAGGUCACACCCCAUCAGCCAGGCGUCUGGGCUGGAGGCCCCAGGGCGGGGUCACAGGUGGGUCCCCGCCGUCCCUCCUGUGCUGAGUGGCCUGGCCAGGAUCAUUGGUGGCGAGGACGCUGUCCCUGGCUCCUGACCCUGGCAGGUGUCCCUGCAGUUUGAAAACAGGUCCCACUUCUGCGGGGGCUCCCUCACUGCCCGCUGGGUGGUCACCGCUGCCCACUGUGAUGUCUGGCCGACUGACGUGGUGGUGCUUGGGGAGUAUGACCUAGGCUCUGAUGAAGGGACUGAGCAGGUCCUGGGGAUCAAAGAGGUUUUCAUACACCCCAACUUUAGCUAUGUGACAGCAGACUACGACAUCGCCCUGAUAAAGCUGGCCUCACCUGCCCAGUGUACUAAGACAGUGUCCCCAGUGUGCCUCCCCUUUGAUACUGACGACUUCCCUCCCGGGACCCCGUGUGUCACCACUGGCUGGGGCCGGACAAGGUUCAGCCCUCCUGAGCCCGCCAGGAAGCUGCAGCAGGCAAUCUUUCCUCUUGUGUCCACUGUUGACUGCGAGUGGUACUGGGGCGAUGCUAUUACUGAUCAGAAGAUCUGCGCCGGGGGCAAUGGGUCCUGGGACACGAGUUUGGACUAUCCUGCUCCUGAGGUCUGCAUCUCAUGGCCUGAGUCUGUGGCAGGAGUGGACCUGGGCACCUGGGGACACAAACACCUGGCUGCCCAUGCCCUGGGUGGUAGACAGAGCACGAGGAGGAUGGGCUGUGUGGACUAA